CGUCGUACGUAACCACCCUGGCGCUCGAGUGCGAAUUUUUGCAGUCUGCUGCUCCCAUCGCGUGCGCGCGAGCGAGCGGGCGUGUUGCAACGCCUGGUUGUAGCUGGCUGGACCAAUGGCUGGCAAGUGGCACGAGGCUAUCAACUGCACCGCCGAAUGCAAUAGCUGAGGAAUUGCCGGCUGCUGCUGCUGCUGCUGCUGCUGCUGCUGCUGUUGCUGCCGCUGCCGCUGCUGCUACUGCUGCCAAUUCCCCAUACUGCGUGCGUGUGGUCGUCGCAGCGCCCGGCGAAACCCGCGAGUCCGAUGCCCCGCAGAACACCGGCUGGCCCCAACCGAGUCUCGUCGUCAUGUUCCUGCAACUCGCUCGACUCUGCCUGGCGGCGACGCUCAUCGCAGCACCGGCGUUCGGGUCAAUACGUGAGUACCGCGAGGAAGGCUGUGGUGGCGGUGACUGGGCGGCGGCUCACCAGCUGUACGAUAAUCUCGACGAUAUCGAGCUGCUGCCCCUGACCAUUCGCCUGCUGCCGCCGCUCAUCGAUUACGCCCUACAGACCGCUGCUAUCUUCUAUCUGCUCUUCUUCCAUGUGCUCCUGCUAUUGCUUGUCGCUUUUCUCCUACAUGUCUUUACCGAGUGACGCGAAUCCACGCAACCUUCUCGUUCACCGCGCUUUUUCUACGUAAUCUACCGCCUGAGCUUCGUCGGAGACCGGCUACUCUCUGCCGCUCCACGGCGGAGAGGAGCGCAAUAAUGCUGCGCGUUAUUUCGUGCAAAUACUCGAUAGGAAAGUAGCAACAUAUUGUUGUGCAAGUUUUGUAACGUGCAAUCGUUUUCCGUUCAGGAAGAAAAAAAUGCGUCGGAAUUAUCAGCUACACUUCGAUGAAUUACACGUUACGCGCACAAGUUAGCAAAGUCAUUAUUGCUAAACACGUGCGCCGCCUUUUACCGCAAAAUUUAUUAUACAAUCUUAGGUUAAAUGUUCAAAGGCUCACUGUAUGAAAUUGGACUUGCGACAUUAUUCACGAAGAACGCUCGUGUGCAACUAGACGUUACCCAGACCGAAUUAGGACUUGAGCAAUAGUGAUGCCUUUUCUUACGAAAUAAAACUAUUUUUUUUAUAUUAUUUGAUUGGCAUUAUUUUUUUUUUAUCACCCCCAAGCAACUAGUCGACGAGAUUCGAUCGGCAGGUUUCAAAAGAUGUGCGAACGCCGCUCCUUCCUGUCCCCGAGUCCUCGAUCCACAACCCAAAACCAAAAGCACACGAUAAACGAUAAACGCCAACGAAAUAACGCGAAGAUUUGCGCUUUGGGUUCAGCGCCUUACAUAAAAGUCUGCAAAAGAACCGAUCCAAACAUCAACGCGUGCAUAACGAAUACGAUCGAGCUGCUGCGGCCCAAGUUGUCCGAAGGGAUUCCCGAGUUGGGUGCACCUGCCAUUGAACCUCUCAAUUUGGAACAGAUAAGACUACUACGUGGACCCACUGGCGCACGCCUCGACAUUAAUGUUACUGGACUUCAGGUAUUUGGACCUUCGUCGUUCAAAGUACGAGAUCUCAAAGCGAAUGUCGACGACGUCAAGUUCACGUUCCGCGUGAGUUUUGGCAAAUUGCACUUCAAGGGUAAAUACUCGAUCGAUGCAAGGCUGUUGCUGCUGCGGCUCCAAGGAAGCGGAGAUCUUAACGGAAACUUUACUGGUUAUGAAUCGGACGUUGUGCUGCGAGCUCGCAAAGUUCACCGAGAUAACGGCAUUUAUCUUCACUUUGAGCCCAUGAAAUUGGCUAUAUCCAUUGGUAGCGCCAAAGUCUAUCUCAGCAAUCUGUUCGGCGGAGACCCUAUAUUAGGUCCCGUCAGUAACGAGAUAUUGAACGCCAACAGCGCCGUAUUUCUCGACGAGCUGAGACCAGUUCUGGAGACUUCAUUAUCAGACCUUUUCACCAAUGUAGCGAAUAAAAUCACAGAAAGCUUCACGUACGACGAGCUCUUUCCCAAAGAUUAAA